UGUCAGUCCGAUCUCGCGAGAGAGGACGGAAGCCUGUGGGAGCCCGUGGCCUUUAAAGUGCGGUUCAGUCCUUUCCUCCAGGGGUGGUUUGUAAACACCGCUGAGCUCGGGUCUCCCCAGCGACCGAAAGAAGCAUGAACUAGUGACCUGGAAAGGGAUACUUAGAUGGAAACUUGAGAAGCACUGCUUACUUGAUUAGAGUUGAGGGAUUCCUGGCAGAAGAGUAAAUAAAACUCAUGGCCCACCAGCUAGAAAGUAUCCUUGCCAUGAAAAAGAGGACGUGAUAAGUUGUACAACUUAUGAAAUUCAAGUUACAUGUGAAUUCUGCCAGGCAAUACAAGGACCUGUGGAAUAUGAGUGAUGACAAACCCUUUCUAUGUACUGCCCCUGGAUGUGGCCAGCGUUUUACCAACGAGGAUCAUUUGGCUGUCCAUAAACAUAAACAUGAGAUGACACUGAAAUUUGGUCCAGCACGUAAUGACAGUGUCAUUGUGGCUGAUCAGACCCCAACACCAACAAGAUUCUUGAAAAACUGUGAAGAAGUGGGUUUGUUUAAUGAGUUGGCAAGUCCAUUUGAGAAUGAAUUCAAGAAAGCCUCAGAAGACGACAUUAAAAAAAUGCCUCUAGAUUUAUCUCCUCUUGCAACACCCAUCGUAAGAAGCAAAAUUGAGGAGCCCUCUGUUGUAGAAACAACUCACCAGGAUAGUCCUUUACCUCACCCAGAGUCUACUACCAGUGAUGAGAAGGAAGUACCAUUGACACAAACUGCACAGCCCACAUCAGCUAUCAUUCGUCCAGCAUCAUUACAGGUUCCCAAUGUGCUGCUUACAAGUUCUGACUCAAGUGUAAUUAUUCAGCAGGCAGUACCUUCACCAACCUCAAGUACUGUAAUCACACAGGCACCGUCCUCCAACAGGCCAGUCGUUCCUAUACCAGGCCCAUUUCCUCUUCUGUUACAUCUUCCUAAUGGACAAACCAUGCCUGUUGCUAUCCUGCAUGAGUUGGCAAGUCCAUUUGAGAAUGAAUUCAAGAAAGCCUCAGAAGACGACAUUAAAAAAAUGCCUCUAGAUUUAUCUCCUCUUGCAACACCCAUCGUAAGAAGCAAAAUUGAGGAGCCCUCUGUUGUAGAAACAACUCACCAGGAUAGUCCUUUACCUCACCCAGAGUCUACUACCAGUGAUGAGAAGGAAGUACCACUGACACAAACUGCACAGCCCACAUCAGCUAUCGUUCGUCCAGCAUCAUUACAGGUUCCCAAUGUGCUGCUUACAAGUUCUGACUCAAGUGUAAUUAUUCAGCAGGCAGUACCUUCACCAACCUCAAGUACUGUAAUCACACAGGCACCAUCCUCCAACAGGCCAAUCGUUCCUGUACCAGGCCCAUUUCCUCUUCUGUUACAUCUUCCUAAUGGACAAACCAUGCCUGUUGCUAUUCCUGCAUCAAUUACAAGUUCGAAUGUGCAUGUUCCAGCUGCAGUCCCACUUGUUCGACCAGUCACCAUGGUGCCUAGUGUUCCGGGAAUUCCAGGUCCUUCCUCUCCUCAACCAGUACAGUCAGAAGCAAAAAUGAGAUUAAAAGCUGCUUUGACCCAGCAACAUCCUCCAGUUACCAAUGGCGAUACUGUCAAAGGUCAUGGUAGCGGACUGGUUAGGACUCAGUCAGAGGAAUCUCGACCACAGUCAUUACAACAGCCAGCCACAUCCACUACAGAAACUCCGGCUUCUCCAGCUCACACAACUCCACAGACCCCAAAUACAACUGGUCGUCGAAGAAGAGCAGCUAAUGAAGAUCCUGAUGAAAAAAGAAGGAAGUUUCUGGAAAGAAAUAGAGCAGCAGCUUCAAGAUGCAGACAAAAAAGAAAAGUCUGGGUUCAGUCUUUAGAAAAGAAAGCAGAAGACUUGAGUUCAUUAAAUGGUCAACUGCAGAGUGAAGUCACCCUGCUGAGAAAUGAAGUGGCACAGCUGAAACAGCUUCUUCUAGCUCAUAAAGAUUGCCCUGUAACCGCCAUGCAGAAGAAAUCUGGCUAUCAUACUGCUGAUAAAGAUGAUAGUUCAGAAGACCUGUCAGUGCCGAGUAGUCCACAUACUGAAGCUAUACAGCAUAGUUCUGUCAGCACAUCCAAUGGAGUCAGUUCAACUUCCAAGGCAGAAGCUGUAGCCACUUCAGUCCUCACACAGAUGGCGGACCAGAGUACAGAGCCUGCGCUUUCACAGAUUGUCAUGGCUCCUUCCUCCCAGUCACAGCCCUCAGGAAGUUGAUUAAAAACCUCAGUGCAGCAGUUUUAGAUACUCAUUAGUGACUUCAAAGGGAAAUCAAGGAAAGACCAGUUUCCAUUUAUGCGAAGUCUGUGGUUGUAAAUUUUUUUUUUUACUUGAAAUUAAAUUUGGCUCUAAAGUUGGUGUAGCAGCAGUUGAUGAUCAGACUGAACCACAACAGUUUUUAGUCUCUGGAAAAAGACUGAUUUUGCUUUUUUUAUAAAUAUUGUUAGAUUUAUUAAUUUUUAUGUGCUCAAUGUGUAAAUUGUAUUAUAAUUCAUUGUGGUUUAUUUCACUUUUAAUUUUGUGGUGUUUUAAUAAAUGGGGGUGUUACUGAAUCUCUCUUCCCACUUCCAUUUCUUUUGACCACCUCUUAACCCUCAACUGUGAUGGUAGUAUUGUUAUAUCAUUUAUACCAAAGUUCUGCGUAGUCCCUGUUGACUUUGUAGUGUUAACAAGGUCAUAAAGCACUAGCAAGAGAAAUAUAGAAAUUCGCUUUUAAUCUUUUUGCCUUUUAUUUUGCACAUUAUGCAAAAGGAAGAACAUUAUCGAACACUUUUUGAGUGAAAUAUGGUAAAAGACAUACAGUGCUUUUAUGCACACUUAAACUAAAUGAAGAUCAGUAACAGUGUGUUUUCUUUAUUUUUUAAGAAGAUUUUAAGUAGGCAUGAAUUUUGGAAUCCUUUAUCAUUUCAAAAAUGACUAUUUUUUAAGGCUUAAAUUCAGUAUUUUAAACCCUAUGUUUUGAGACUAACAAACAAAAUAUGAAAUUAUGUAAUGUACAAUACAGGGUUAUCAGAUAUCUAAUAAUUUUUUGAAAUUAGUUUUUGGUUUU